AUGGCCUCAUGUGUAACAGACCUCUUAAUUGGAAAAAUUGUGGCAAUUCUUGAGAACGAAGGAACAACCAUAUCCAGUAUUCGUGAUGAAGUUGAUAGCAUUAAGGAGGAGCUUCGAAGCAUGAAAGCUUUCCUAGUGGAUGCAGAGGCCGACACCGCAAAAACUGAAGGAGAGAAAUUGUGGGUUGAAAGCAUCAGAAACUUGGCCUAUGAUGUUGAAGAUAUCAUUGAUGAAUUCAUGUAUCACAUGUAUGAGAAGCAAAGUGGGAGUCGACUUUCAAGGAGGCUGCACAAAACCAUUUGCUUUCCAAAAUGUUUUUGGUUUAGACGUAAAACUGCAAAGAGGUUACAGAAGAUCACUAAAAAGAUCAAAGACAUUCCAGAGAGGAAUCAAAGGUACGGUGUUGGCCUUGUAGCAGGAGCAACUACAUCUGAAGAUAUUCACAAAUUGGUGCAGAACCAAGCUGAGUCUUCGUUUUUCAUUAUGGAAGACGAACUGGUUGGGAUUGAAGGCAAGAAGCAAAUACUAAUGGGAUGGCUCAUGGAUGAAGAGCAACACCAAACUGUUAUAUCUGUGGUUGGCAUGGGAGGUUCUGGAAAGACAACUCUAGUUGCCAAGACCUUCAACAAUGAAAGGGUGAAGAGACAUUUCGAUUGUUAUGCAUGGAUUAUCGUUUCCCAAACGUAUGCUGCGGUAGACUUGAUUCGAAGCUUGAUCAUGGAAUUCCACAAAUCAAGGAAGGAAGAUUUCCCUGCAAAUUUGAAUGCCAUGAGCCGCAAAGAAUUGCUAGAGUUACUAGUUAACUACUUGGAGUCCAAUAAAUACCUGGUUGUUCUAGACGACGUGUGGGAUAUAAAAGUUUGGAGAGAAAUAAAGGUAUCACUUCAAGAAAGGCAACUCGGAAGUCGAAUCAUAGUUACAACUCGAAAAGAAGAUGUAGCAUCCAAUUCUUUUGGAGUUAGAAGCCAUGUUCACCAUAUUCAACCCCUGCUAAAGAAUGAGGCUUGGGUGCUCUUCUGCAAAAAAGCAUUCUCAUCUAAUGAGCACAAAACUUGUCCACCUGACUUUGUGUCAUUAGCAUGCCAACUUGUGGAGAAGUGUGAAGGCCUUCCUCUCGCUAUUGUGGCUUUAGGGGGUCUUAUGUCUUCCAAGAAGUCGCUGGAUCAAUGGCAGCAAGUCUACAACAGCCUGAAUUGGCAUCUAGAUAACAAUUCAUUGCUAGACCCUGUGAAAAACAUCUUGUUGCUGAGUUUCAAUGAUUUGCCAUCUCAAUUGAAACAUUGCUUCCUCUAUUGCUCUCUAUUCCCAGAAGAUUUUGUAAUUAGAAGAAAAAGGCUCAUUAGAUUGUGGAUAGCUGAAGGAUUUGUCGAACAUGUGAAAGGGAUCACGCCCGAAGAAGUUGGAGAUGGCUAUCUUUGGGAACUCUGCUUCCGUAGCAUGUUACAAGUUGUAAAGAGAAAUGGAACAGGAAGGCCAAGAAAAGUUAAGAUGCAUGAUCUGAUGCGAGAGCUUGCUUUGUCGACAGCCAAGAAGGAAAAGUUUGGUCUUAUAUACGACGGGAGAGAAGGAAUGGAAGACAUCUCAACCCGUCGCUUAUCAAUUCACAAAAUGGAAGGAGAAAUUAAAUCAUGGCCAGGUAUGUCAAAGAAUCGUUCUCUUCUUGUCUUUGGAACUGACAUGUCCUCAUUGUCUUUCUCAAAUGCACUAGUUUCUCAAUUCAAAUUGUUGAGGACUCUAGACUUGGAGGAUGUCCAAAUUGAUAAACUGCCAGAUGCAGUUGUUUACUUGUUCAACUUGAGAUACUUAAAUUUGAAGGGCACCUUAAUCGAGGAACUUCCAGAGUCCAUAGGGCGUCUCCGCAACCUUCAAUUUUUGAAAAUCGAGGAAACCAAGAUAGAGGCACUUCCAGAAGGAAUUGCAAAAUUGCUGAACCUGCGCCAUCUAAGUAUGUUUCGGUUGACUGGAACCAAUCUGGACUUCAAACUUUAUAGUGGGACAAAAGCGCCAUCAUAUAUUUGUCAGUUGCAGAAAUUUCAAAGUUUAAAAACGAUUGAAUCAGAAGGGGACACUAUUAGACUUAUUGGCAACAUGACUCAACUCAGGGCCAUCGGCAUAUCGAAUGUGAAAGAAAGAGACGAGAUUGGCCUAUGGGUUUCAAUUAAGAAGCUCACUCAGCUUCAAUCUUUGGUUUUAAUGGCAAGUAAUGAAGAUGAAAUCCUUCCGGUGAAAGCACAAUGUCCACCUCUUCUGCACCUUCGAAAGCUUAAAUUGAUUGGCAGACUGCAAAACAUAAUACCUUGGUUUUCUUCACUGCAUAGCCUCACAUCUUUGUAUCUGCAUUGGUCAAGACUGGAAGACGAUGUACUACCUCAAAUUGAAGCACUGCCCAAUCUGACAAGGCUUCGUCUUUGUAAUGCAUAUGUUGGGGAAGAGUUGUGUUUCCGCAGAGGCUUUGUAAAGCUGGAGAGGUUGUAUUUGUUGAAUUUUGCCUCGGUGAAAAAGAUUACUAUAGAAAAUGGAGUGAUGCCAAAUCUCCUCAACUUAUGGGUUGAACGGUGCAUGGAAUUGAAGACAAUGCCACUAGGCUUUGAAUACCUUUCUAAUCUACAAUCUAUGGGCUUGGCAUUUCUUCCCGUUGAAGUUAUAAAGCCCAUUCGGAAAGGAGGUGCAGAUCGGUCUAAGGUACAACACAUCCCCGAGAUCUUACAUGUUUUCGAACAGUCAUCCAAGCAGGUCUAUGAAAACUUGGCGUAGUGUUUCUUUCUCUUGCCAGAAUCAAUCAAAGUCCGAGAAGUAUUGAACAAGAUUUGAGUUUGAUGUAAGACUCCUUUCUGUACGUGUGGGAAGAUACAAGGACUGGUCUCAGUUUUCAUAUGCC